GAAUCAGGUUGGGUGACUUUGCUGGUGGCUGAACUUCACAAAAUUCUGUUUUUAAAUCCAAAUGUAGUUUCACAAUCGCAAUGGAUUUAAUAGAUAGUGGAGAUUUUAUUCGUGGAAUGGCAUCACACAUGGCUUUUCUUGCUGCUUUGCAAGAACAUCAAAUAGAAGAUACAGAACAGUUUGAUGACCCAUCUCAAGACCAAGACGAAACUCAACCCAGUGAUCAUCUUCUGCUCAAACUUUCGCCAUUCUUUGACAGCGGCAGUCUAAGUGACAUCACUUUGAUGGUUGGGUCAAGCAUCUUCCAUGCCCAUAAACUGAUCUUAUCUUCAUGGAGUCCAGUAUUCAAGGAGAUGUUACUCAAGAGGUCAAACUCAGACGAGCCACAUGUCUUGGAGGACGAUCAAGAAUAUGAGGUGAUCUUCUCUGACUUUUUAAAGUUCAUGUAUACAGAGACAAUUGAGAUCAGUAAAGAUACUGUCUAUUCCUUUAUCAAGCUUUCUAAGAAGUAUGAAGUCGAUGAGAUUUGUGAGCUGUGUGAGGAAUUUCUUAUAGGAGAGGUUUCCAAUGACACUAUAGCCCUCCAAACACUUACAGAUGCUGAAGAGUUUGGAUUUACCAAGAUGUAUGAUCACUGUUUCAAGUUCCUUGAAACAAACUUUUUUCACCUAUCCGAUUCCUCUUUACAAAAGAUGGGUCCGAGUUUGUUUCUUAAGAUGUUGGAGAGCUCCGACCUGGUUGUGCUAAGUGAAAGGCAUCUUUUCAAUCAAGCUGUUGAUUGGCUUUACACAGGUGGUCAUGACUAUGAUAAGUACACUAAGGAAGUCAUCUCCAAGAUUCACUUUACCCAUAUGUCCUCCUUAGAUCUCUGUUCACUUAAAAGAGGAAUUACAGCUCCCGCUGUUAUGUCUGAUAGGUCACUGCAGAUCCAAAGUUCACUGAAUGAUUCAGGUCUUCAAGAUUCAAUUCAUGACGCUUUUGAGUGGAAAGCUCUUGUAUCUGAGGAAAAAGAAUUAAGUCUUCUUCCAUGUGACACAAAAAGCACCUUAUCUAAAAAACAUUGUGUUGAACCUCGUAUUUGCAUCUCGGGGCCUGUCAGUAGUAACUAUCAGCAUCUGAGUUUGUCAGAAAAAAACCCCAAAGCGUUGAGUUUACUUGUUACUAGUGUGUCUGCUUAUGACACCUUAUCAGACGAGUCUUGUAUGUGGUCACUUACUGGAUCAAAAUGCUUCAACGCAAAAUCUGAGAAAUGGGAAAUUAGUUACCGGUUAAAACCAGACCAAAAUCAUAUAGGCGGUACAUAUCGUUUGGUGAUACUGACACGUGUUAGGCCACACAUGAAUCCAAUCGUGACAACUUCUGAAGGAGUUGUAACAGAAACAGAAGUCAAAGUAGAGCAGGUUCUUCACCAUGCUGAGGUUGAUCGAGAACUUGGGUCAGUCGAGAUAAAAGUUGUUGUCAUGGUGAGAAAUUCUCACCGUUUUUGGGACCACUUGCAGAUGCCCAAAGAACCCAUAUAUGUAGAAGAACUGGAGGUGAGGCUAUCAGACUUUUGGCCCAUGAGUUAUGAAAAUGACCCGGGAUUAGUUCUAAAUCCAUGGUACUGGUAGUUGGCCAACUAUAAAGUAAAGAAAAACUUGUUAUAAAAGCAUGUUGUCUUGUUAAAAUUGAGUCCGUAGUGUGAUGUCACAACUCUGAAAGUUGGCACGCGUUCCUACCACGCCCAUUCACUCAUACUCGGUACUUGGAGUGAAAUCUUCAAGACGAUGCUUUUUGAUAAGAAAUGGGCACCAAAACCAAGUGGCGACAGUGUCCGCACCCAGACACUGAAUGAGCCAGAAGACUGUGCUGACUGCUUUGAACACUUCCUGAAAUUCAUGUACACAGAAGAACUGGAGCUGACCAAAGAGACUGUACACCCUAUGCUGCUAUUGGCUGACAAGUAUAUGGUCAGUGAUCUUCAUGAGAUUUGUGAAGCGUAUCUAAUGCAAGUAUUAGAAUCAACAACAACACCUUGGGUUGAUGCUGUACAGGCUAUGACAACGGCAACAGAGGGGCUUACUAGGAUCCAGGAAAAGUGCUACAGUCUCAUGGAAAACAACUUUUAUGCAAUACCAGAGAGUAACAACCUACGGCCUGAUGUUUUUCUUGCUUUACUGGGUAGAUCGGGCCUAGUCGUUCCUAAUGAGAAGUUUGUGCUUCGUAGGGCAAAAGCUUGGCUCAGCAAGAACCGUGUGGAAUUGGAAGGACUGAUUAAGCAAGUUUUGUCACUGAUUCGUUAUGAGCACAUCCCGGCAAGAGAUUUGGAAAAGCUGUCAUUUCUGGAACAGUCUCUAAUACUCCAGCCGAUGCUGAAGGAGUGUGUGUUUGAGGCAUUCAAGUACAGGGCAUUUGCAGGGGAGGGCUCAUACACCAGCAUGGCUAGAUUUUCCGACCCUCGUGUCUACAUGGAGCCAGAGUUCUGCGUAAGAAUAUCCAACCCUGUGUGUCAGCAUCAGGUGGAAUCAUCACCCUUCAGACGGCUUACUCUUGAAAAGGAGGAAGAGGAUAAAGAAUUUGAACAUUUUGAAAAGUUCAAGUUGUUUUGUCCUGUGGCGCGUCAGGGAGAACAGGGGAAUGUGUACCUCAUUAACGAAGACAUGUGGAAAGUCGGUGGUCGCGCUGUCAAAGAAGAUGACGCAGCUAGGUGGAGCAUAAAGUUCAGAGUACUACCACAUUUUGAGGAUAUUGGACGAAGCUUUGUCAUGGCAUUGCUCAUUAGGAAAGACCAAACGUACAUUGACUGUAUUUCCUCUGUGGCUAAAGGAGAUGUUGGGAAGAAACUAGAGCUGGAUGUACCUUGGGAGGCUCUAGAUUGUAGCCCUCAACACCUUUGGAUAAAAGUGGCAAUUUUUAUUUCGGGUUGUGAUAAGAGUUGGGUAAAGAAGUAG